CACUCUGGAGUUUCAUUCAUUCAUUAUCUGGAUAAGCAUUUUCAAACUUGUAGGAAAGCCCGACCUUCUUUUCAGGAGGCAGGCUAUACCUUCUGUUGCGGAGUACCAGCCCUCAGUCUCGCUCCAGGCGAAAAGCGCGAGGCAAGCCCAUUACUUUGCCAAACCGCGUUGAGCUUCCGGACGUACGAGCACGGCUAGCCGUACUCCAGGCGUUCAGCGGCUCUCCAGCCGGCUCAUUUCCUUUCACCGAAACGUAUUGAGGGGGCAGACUGAGGAGAGACAGCCAUUGUCAACCACACAAAGGACCUCACUCCUCGACAUAAAGGAUGCCGUUUUCAACACGCGACCACCAGUUGUGAUCAGUAUCCGAAUAAGUUUUCCAAGUUGGAGUUAUGUGAAUGUUGGCGGCAUGCAGGAUGUUUCGUUUGGACUAGCGGACUCGGUAAUGCAAGACAUAGCCUAACAAUAAAUUUAGUGUUUGGUGUGGACAGCCAGUUUGCUGCUCAAUCCACAUGUAGGAAAGCGUUCAUUUCCAAGCGGGGUAAAAAAAAAAAAAAAAAACGCGUGUUCUUACUGCUCGUUAUUACUCCAGGCAUAUCUCCUCGUGAUUUUUUAAGCACGCUCCCUAAACUGCAUUUACUGGAACCGGGUUUUAUACUUUAUAAAGUAUAAAGUACAGUUUGCAUAAAGCGAACUGCAAUCUACAUUUUCAAGAUGCGACGUAGGACAGUUGUGGACGUGAAAGUCGUGAAUGUGGAGAAGAGGCGCAAUCCUUCCAAACACUACGUGUACCUCAUCAACGUCACGUACUCCGACUCCAGCUCCCACACCAUCUACAGAAGAUACAGCAGAUUCUUCGACCUCCAGAUGCAGAUCCUUGACAAAUUCCCAAUUGAGGGAGGACAGAAAGACCCCAAGAAACGGAUCAUCCCGUUCUUACCAGGCAAGAUCCUGUUCCGACGAAGUCAUGUCCGAGACGUGGCGAUGAAAAGGCUGCGCUUCCUCGAUGAUUACUGCAGAGCUCUGGUGCGACUUCCCACUCAGAUCUCCCAGAGUGAAGAGGUCCUGAGAUUCUUCGAGACGAAACCGGACGACCUCAACCCCCCUAAAGAGGACUUCAGCACCUCCAAGCGCAAGUCAGGCGUGGACGGCGCCGACCCCAUGGUGCUGGAGCAGUACGUGGUGGUGGCCAGCUACGAGAAGCAGGAGAGCUCCGAGAUCAGCCUGCAGGCCGGGGAGCUGGUGGACGUCAUCGAGAAGACAGAGAGCGGCUGGUGGUUUGUCAGCACGGCGGAGGAGCAGGGCUGGGUCCCAGCCACGUACCUGGACUCUCAGAGCGGCACGCGGGACGACCUGGAGCUCAGCACCUCCAGGACGGGGGAAGUUACUAAGCGGAGAAAGGCUCACCUGAAGAGGCUGGACCGGCGAUGGACGCUGGGCGGCAUCGUCAACCGACAGCAGAGCCGAGAGGAGAAGUACAUCACCGUGCAGCCGUACAGCAGCCAGGGGAAGGACGAGAUCGGGUUCGAGAAAGGGGUCACCGUGGAGGUCAUCCAGAAGAACCUGGAGGGAUGGUGGUAUAUCAGGCACCAGGGCAAGGAAGGCUGGGCCCCCGCCUCGUACCUGAAGAAGAUGAAGGAGGACUUCUCCUCCCAACGCAAGAAGACCCUGGGGGGCCCCGUGGAGAUCAUCGGGAACAUCAUGGAGAUCAGCAACCUGCUGAACAAGAAGGCGGUGAGCGAGAAGGACGUGCAGACGGACGGCACGCCCGAGGAGCCCCCCGCCGCCAAGAGGGAGAUCAGCCUCCCCAUCCCCUGCGAGGACCCCGGCAGUGGCGCCGCCCUGCUGGACGGGAGGGGGAGAGCGGAGCCGGGGUCCCCUGCCGUGGCCCGCAUCGCCCCGCACCGCGUGGAGAUCGGCGUACAGGCUUUAGGUAUGCCACCUCUUCAAAGGUUAAAGUGCAAGCGCCGUUCAGGUUCUCCGAACCUGAGACAGAAACCGCCACCACGGAGAGAAGCCAGCCUGGGAUUUCAGUUACCAAAGCCACCAGAGCCCCCAACUGUUGAGGCAGAGUACUACACCAUCGCAGAGUUCCAGUCCUGUAUAUCUGAUGGCAUCAGCUUCCGUGGAGGACAGAAGGCUGAUGUCAUAGAGAAGAACUCGGGUGGCUGGUGGUACGUACAGAUUGGGGAAAUGGAGGGUUGGGCCCCCUGCUCCUACAUAGACAAAAGAAAGAAGCCCAACCUGAACAGGAGGACCAGCACGCUGACCAGGCCGAAAGUCCCGCCCCCGGCCCCGCCAGUCAAGAAGCAGGACUCCGAGGAGUCGGCCCCGCCCAGCAGCCCCGCCUCCAAAGCCCAGCCCGAGUCGCCCAGCAAGCCGGCGUACGAGGAGCCGGAGUACGACAUACCGGCGGUGGGGUGCGACCUGGAGCCAGAGCCGGAUUCUCCGCCCGCCGGGGAGCCCGCGGGGGAGGGGAGACGCGAGGACGCGCCCCCCGAAAAGCGCUCCCAGCCGCCCCCCCUGCGGACCGCGUCCUUCAAGGUGGGGGGGUCCGCCGAGGACGUCGCCAAGGAGGAGGAGGAGUCCGUCUACGAGAACGACGGCUUCAGGCCCUGCGUGGAGGACGCGGCGUCCGGGAGGGAGUCCAGCGGCGACUCGGACUCCCCGAAAACGAGCUCCGCCUUCUCCGCGGCUCGCCGAGGCCUGCCGUCCCGGUCGUCGCUGGGGAGCGGGAAGGCCGCGAGGAAGGUCCAGCCCGAGCUGGCCAGGAGCCAGUCCCUAACCAAAGCCGAGGGGGUCAGUCCCAGGUCCUCCUCAGACGAAUCCGCUCGGGCCGGGCCCAAGCAGGCGGGCGCCAGGAAGGACGUGGACCUCAGGACGGGCCAGAGUCCCUCCACCAAGCCCAAGCCCGUGGUGCGACCCAAACCCCUGCUGGCCAAACCCGAGGGCCCGAGCCCGGAGAAGAUGGACAUCAGCACCCUCCGGCGCCAGCUGCGGCCCACCGGCCAGCUGAAGCCCGGGCCGAAGGCCUCCCGCGGGGAGGACUCGGAGACGGCCUCCGUCAUCUCCUCCGAGGACUCGGUCAGCUCGCGGAGCACCUCCGACCUCUCCAGCACCUACUCCAAGGGCAGCCGGGGCGACUCCGACUUCGAGGGCCCCCUCUACCGCACCACGGACAGCUACGAGAAGGUGCAGGACUCGGAGGUCAGCUUCGCGGCGGGCGUGGAGGUGGAGGUGCUGGAGAGGCAGGAGAGCGGCUGGUGGUACGUCCGGUGCGGGGACGCGGAGGGCUGGGCGCCCACCUACUACCUGGAGCCCGCGCGCCCCCCGCAGCCCGACGCGGCGGGCUCGGAGUCCGACGGCCCGCCCGCCAAACAGGGCAGCAUGAGCAAGUCCAACAGCCUGGAGAAGAACGAGCAGCGGGUGCAGGCCCUCAACAACAUCAACCAGAGCAUGCGCCGCGGCACCCCGCCCGUCCCGUCCAAGCCCCCCGGCGGUUUCGGCAAGCCCGCGGGCCCGGGCGGCGGCGGCGGCGGCGUGAAGCUGCGGAACGGCGUGCGGCAGCUGGCCGUGCGGCCGCAGUCCGUCUUCGUCUCGGCGCCGCUGAAGGACACCAACGUGGUGAGCGGCUCCCUCCGGAGGAACGAGUCGCUCACCUCCGCCGACCAGCUCAAGGGCGGCGGCGCCGCCGUGCGCCGCAACUCCUCCUUCAGCGCGGUGCGGCCGCAGGGGGGGCCCGCCGACGCCAGGCUGAGGCAGCCGGACAAGGCGGGCGUGGGGGCGGGCACCACGGGCGGGGGCACCACGGGCGGGGGCACGGACGCCCAGAGGAACGGGAUCCCCGUCUCCGCCGUCCGGCCCAAGCCCAUCGAGAAGUCCCAGCUCAUACACAACAACCUCAGAGAAGUUUACGUCUCCAUAGCCGAUUACCGCGGCGACGAGGAGACCAUGGGGUUCCCCGAGGGGACCAGCUUGGAGGUUCUGGAGCGGAACCCCAACGGCUGGUGGUACUGCCAGGUUCUGGACAGCGGCCGGACCCAGAAGGGCUGGGUUCCCUCUAACUACUUGGAAAGAAAGAAGUAAAAAAAAAAACCUCUUACACUUUUUUCUCGUUCAGAAUAAUGCAAGUUCAUUUUUUUUUUUUUAAAACAAUGAAAAUCUAAAUCUAAACUAAAUGGAAAGAAGAGACACUUUUAGUGCUGGUUUACUAAAAUGUAUACGUCAAGACUGUAAAAAAAAAAAAAAAAACACAAAACAAAAAAAAAAAAAGUGAGUGAUGCAUUGUCAACUCAAAUGAGUGAGAAAAAACUGGGAGUGGCCACUCCCGGUGCCUUAAAAGUUGGGAUGGGGGAGGGGGGUUGGGGGGGCAGGAGGGUGUGGUGUUUUCAUUGAUAUUGAAGAUAAAAGAAAGUUAUUGGCUCCUUUCUGAAAGGGCUUAACGUAAGUAUCCAAAUGAUGCAGGGCCAUAUUGUGUGCCGUCGUACCUGCUCAGUUCUUUGUUUUUUUUUGAAUGCCAAAUGGGUGCCUUUGUUGAUUUCGAACAGGAUAUCUAUACUGAAGAAUCAACCAAACAGGAAUAAAUCUAAAAUUUGAAAAAUGACCAAAUUGAAUUUAGUGCCAUAGGCCUAUGUGCAUGAGGAUACCACCAAACAUAUGUUUUGUUAUCCAAAGUUUGAGAGAAAGAGAAGUUUCCACCCAAGGAUGUUAAAGCAAGAGUUUGAUCAAACUUGACUGCUCAAAACAAACAGGGAAAAAAAAUGUUGAACGUAAAAAAGCAACAACAUAAAAAGGAUGUCUUGGACUCAGUAACAUCUUCUGAGCCCAGUUGAGCAAAUCCUUUGUUCUUUUAAAAGUUUUUGUGUGUUUUUAGGUCUUGUAUGUUCUUGACUUCCUUAGAGAUGUAUUUCUGCUGUAGUCUUGUGAACAUCCAAACUACUCUCGUCAGCCUGAAAUUUGAAGUUCCUUUGACCCUCAAGCAGAUGGUCUGUUCUGUUGCCUUUUGGUCAGACUGAUCAGAUCAUCUGUUUGUGGGCCCAUUUUAAUUGGUUUAAAUUUAUAUUGUGUGCCUCACAUAUAACUGAUUACUUCUCCUUUAAGAAUAUAUACAACUAAAAUAAAUUAUUGCAAAAAAAAAAAAAUGUUAAUACUGUUAAGCUUGAAAUAAACUCAUCUCAUAUAACCAAGAAAGAAGAGCGAUGGGGUUAAAUUAAAACUGUUAAUUUACUUGAGUGAUUUAAAAAAAAGAAAGAAAAAAACUGCCCACCUUGAAUCCAGUGUUUACCCUCAAUGGAGUUUACGAAAUGUGUAAAAGUUGUUUUUUUUUCAUUCUUUUUUUUUACAUGUAGUUCCAGAAAAAAGAUAUUCUGUGUGUGUUGCUGCUUCAUGUGUUCAUGCACUGCUGCUGUUGCAGUGGUGUAGGAAAUAGUUUACGACGAACACAAAUCUGUACUGGAAGUAAGGCUUCAUAAUUGCCAGUGUAUCCCAGGGAUGUAGUAGCAUAGUGUCAAAACCCAAAAUGUGAUCAAACCAAAGAUGGACAAAGUUGUGUAGCUUUAGUAUUUUAUUAGGUGGGUACCCAGAAUGUGGUAUAUUCACCAGAAUACCCAAAAAUGGUUUCAGAAACGAAGAAUAAUUUUUGUUAUGGUAUUGAUAUCUGGAAGCACUUGAUAUCCUAGCCCCAGGACAAAUAAAAGCACAUAUUGUCACGCAGGGUUAAUUUCACAAGGACAUUCUAAUAUUGCUGUGCAGUAUUAUAAUUUUUUUAUAAGUUGAAUUUUAGGCAGUUGAAUUGACUUUGAAUUUAUCCUGUACCUUGUUUAAAGUACUGCAACAUAUUCAGCCCUAAAGAAUAUUGAAAAAAAUGAGAUAAAAUUAAAAAAACAA